AUGAAGUCGUCUGAGGUGCAGAAGGACUCCAUCCGGGCAGCCAUCCUGAUGGAGUGCGUCAAGAACAAAUCCUUGGACGUCGUCUACCAGAGCUCGGUGUUGUACCAGCGACUGACCUCUCAGGAGACACGCAACCUGGUCUACGAGUGUUGCCUGGAGUUGGUGGAGGACCCUCAGCGGCGAAGGGACGUGGGCCAACUUAUUCUCAACUGCGUCUCCAGUUUCCCGCCCUCGCAGGCGACACUGCAGGCGAUCGCCAACAAGUGCCGGUCCUAUGCCACCAGUCGAACCCCAUACAGUGGCAUCUAUCAAGAGCUGAAGACCGUCGUGGACACGUACCUUCAUCACAAGCCGCUGAGUUACAUGCUUGGUCGCACGCUUCCGCGAGGAAAGCAGGGACUUAUUUUUCGCCAGGGCGGGCUAAGUAGGAAUCCGGAUUACAUUCAAAAGUGCGUCUUGCAGCCUCCCAUAGCGCCGCACACGGAGAAGGGAAAACCCAUCGUCCCCAUCUCCAGCUGGUCCAAUGAGGAGUUGGCAGUGACUGCGGGGGAAAAGAACAGAGCACGCAGUGGUUACUGGACUGUGAAGUACCACGUGGUCGGGUGCAAGGAUUACAUUAAUCAGCUUCCAUUGGAGUGCACGGAGGCUGUCAUUGAUCAACAGGUGCGUGUGUUGAGCUCGUUUUGGGAAAAAUAUACGACCAAUCGGGCCUUGCUUAGAGCGACAUCGUUUCUUAUUAAAUUAAUGUGUGAUGCAUACGUGUCGAAAAUUCCCUUGCAGUCGAACUACUCAUUCUUUCGCUCUGUGAGUAUAUGUUAUCUUCCGACGCUAUUUGAUCUGAUGGGUAGCACCUACGUUUGUGUUCGAAAUCACGUGUACGACAUUUUGCUGACGCUGGGGAUACACCUUCAGCUUGUGGAUACGCAGGGAGUGUUUCCAGGCUGCACCGAGGCUCUGGAAGAGGAACUCAUUUGGCUUCUCUUGACCGUGCUGCGAAAGCAGGCGCUUCAUGAGGGCAGCGAUGAGAUGGUGUGGACGGCGGCCGCGAAGUGUGCCUUGACUAUCAUCCCUUCUCAUAAACUUCACCGCAUUGGUGCUUCUGUGCUGUAUCAGUUUCUUACUCUUCCCACCAUUAUUGCAUAUCAUCCGCAUCUCUACACCACAUUUGCCGAGGCCUUUGCGAAAAGGGUCCUCCGCUGGGACCCCGCCGCUGAGGAGACAGAAGACGCAUUAACUCUGGAUGAGGAGGAAUUUAGGCAGCUGGGUCACCAGCCUGUCGCCAAGCUGCUGUACCUGUACCGUCAAUCCAUGACACUGGGGUCUCGCUUAGCCUUUUUCCAGGUCCUUUUUACACAUGCGGUGACUCUUCUGCAAAGUCACUCAUCUCUGUCACGGCUGUACCCGCGGAUACUGCGGCGUUGCUACGUUGAACUAGUGAAGGUUGGGUUCCACUGGCACCUGCACCCCUUGCUUUUUUAUCAGUCGCACCAGGUCUUUCGCGAGUUGCCAGGGCAUAUUACAUAUGACAUGGACGUCAAGGAGAUGCGAGAGUACAAAACAGAGGCGGUGGCUAUUGUUGAGUGCAUCUUACAACUCGUGGAGGAAGAUGCACGUUUGCCUGACGCUAUUAUGAAUGCGUUUAGAAAUACGGUAGGAUCACGAACAGAAGAAUGUGCCGAUCUUGCCACGGUGCUUACAGAGUGUUUGUCUAUUAUUCCAGCCAUGCUAAAAGAGGAUACAGAUGGGGAUUUGUACAAUAUUGGCUGGCGCAUGGCGUUUUACUGCAUGCGACUCAGCAUGGAGAACUUGGGAAGUGAGCGAAGCACGGCAAUCAUUGAGAAGUUGACAAAAAAUUUAGUCUCCUUUCCUGGGUCAAGGGAUCGCCUGGAGUUGGCAAAGAUUAGAAGUGUUUGCCCGGAUGUCUUGACUUCCUUAAUGCUUCUGGGACGGAAACAUGCAAAUCAGGCAGUAGAACCGUUUAGCACCUUAAUAUUGCGUUUCUUACUCGACACAGAGGUAGUUGACACACAGACAGUGAUGCGGCUGUACUACCGCCUUAUAGGGUGCAUAACGAUUCAGAACGGUCCUCUAAAUAAAUCGCCUGAGGCUGACAUAUCACAGAUGUUGUGUAGUGAGCAACUUGUGACAGCCCAAUCGAUUGUGGAGGACAUUGGGGCACGCGUGCUGUGGGCGCUUUACCGGGCGCUGUAUCAGGUGCAGUUUUUUUCUGCCUGUCGGGCACGCCAUGUGUUGGCCUUUUUUCUGGACGAAUUGGAACCCGUGGGCGGCAGUAGUCAGGCCCAUGCGUGGAAAACUGUCAUGGCGGAUCCGUACCCUCCUGUUGCGUUGAUUGGGGCGCAAAAGAUCCUGCAAAUGUGCGGCAGGAGCGCGUAUGACCGCUUUGACGAGGCGAUGAGUAUCCCGCAAAAGAGCGAAAAAGGCGAUUCCGUCUAUGCGCUUGCCGUCAAGGUGGCUCAGCUGGCGGAGUCGCGAAAGGAGUGA